UGCAUCCGGUCGCUGCGGGCGUCGGCAGAGCCGCUUGCCCACCGCGCCUCGCCUCGCCCAGGACGCGGCCACCGCACUUGCUGGAUAUUUCAAGUCACAUUCAACAGAUAGGAUGAAAAAAUUUAAGAGAAGGCUGUCCCUCACACUUCGAGGAAGCCAGACUAUUGAUGAGUCAUUGUCUGAAUUGGCUGAACAAAUGACUAUUGAAGAAAAUAGCAGCAAGGAUAAUGAGCCUAUUGUGAAGAAUGGCAGGCCUCCGACCUCUCACAGUAUGCACUCCUUCCUCCACCAGUACACAGGGUCCUUCAAGAAGCCCCCACUGCGGAGACCACAUAGUGUUAUUGGAGGAAGCCUUGGCUCCUUCAUGGCAAUGCCCAGAAAUGGAAGCAGAUUAGAUAUUGUUCAUGAAAACCUAAAAAUGGGAUCCGAUGGUGAGAGUGACCAAGCUUCUGGGACGUCAUCUGAUGAAGUCCAGUCACCUACAGGUGUUUGUCUGAGAAAUCGUAUACAUAGACGGAUCUCAAUGGAGGAUUUAAAUAAGAGGUUAUCACUGCCUGCAGAUAUCAGAAUACCUGAUGGGUAUCUUGAGAAGUUGCAGAUAAACAGUCCACCUUUUGAUCAACCAAUGAGCCGAAGAUCUCGUAGAGCUUCCUUAUCAGAAAUUGGGUUUGGAAAAAUGGAAACCUACAUCAAAUUGGAAAAGCUUGGAGAGGGUACAUAUGCUACAGUAUAUAAAGGGAGAAGUAAAUUGACGGAGAAUCUGGUGGCAUUAAAAGAGAUCCGGUUGGAACAUGAAGAAGGUGCUCCCUGCACAGCUAUAAGAGAAGUUUCACUAUUAAAGGAUCUAAAACAUGCAAAUAUAGUUACCUUACAUGACAUUGUUCAUACGGAUAAAUCUUUGACUCUGGUCUUUGAGUACCUGGAUAAAGACCUAAAACAGUACAUGGAUGAUUGUGGAAAUAUCAUGAGUAUGCACAAUGUAAAGCUGUUUUUAUACCAAAUUCUACGUGGUUUGGCUUAUUGCCACAGAAGAAAAGUGUUGCACCGAGACUUGAAACCACAGAACCUCCUCAUUAAUGAAAAAGGAGAAUUGAAGCUCGCAGAUUUUGGACUAGCCAGAGCUAAGUCAGUUCCCACAAAGACCUACUCAAAUGAAGUUGUCACACUGUGGUACCGGCCACCUGAUGUGCUUCUCGGUUCCUCAGAAUACUCAACACAGAUUGACAUGUGGGGUGUUGGUUGCAUUUUCUUUGAAAUGGCUUCUGGAAGACCUCUGUUUCCAGGAUCAACUGUAGAAGAUGAACUGCACUUAAUUUUCCGACUGCUAGGAACGCCAUCUCAGGAAACUUGGCCAGGUAUUUCUUCAAAUGAUGAGUUCAAGAACUACAACUUCCCAAAAUACAAACCACAGCCUCUAAUUAACCAUGCACCCAGGUUAGACUCUGAAGGAAUCGAGUUGAUAACAAAGUUUCUUCAGUACGAAUCUAAGAAGAGGGUUUCAGCAGAAGAGGCCAUGAAACAUGUGUACUUUCGAAGUCUGGGACCAAGAAUACAUGCUUUACCUGAAAGUGUAUCAAUAUUCAGUUUGAAAGAGAUUCAGUUGCAAAAGGACCCGGGUUUUCGAAAUUCUUCUUAUCCAGAGACAGGACACGGGAAGAACAGAAGACAGAGCAUGCUCUUUUAAGUCUGGUAACAUGGUUUCAAGCCCAGCCCCAGCCUUUCUUACCAAUCAAGGACUCAGAUCUGAAGGCAGUUACUUCUUUUGGUGGACUUGGAAUCUCCGUCUGUCUACACUGUCCUCUUCACAGUGGAGUCUUUUUAUUUCAGACCUACAGAUUGUUUUUAUAUUUGUUGUCACAGUGUGACAAUUUUUUGUACAGUUGGUUUUAAGGUCUUCUCUGCCAUUAGAGCCAGUAGGUUACAGCUGUUGAUGUAACUGUAGCUGCAAUUUUUGUGCAGGACUGAGAAACACAGUGCAUUAUUUAUUGCGGAAUCAUUGCUGCUAAAUAACUACUGUCUGUCUAUUUAACACAACAGUUGAAUGCCUGAAGAAGUUGCAGUGGCUUUACGAUGUGAAUGCUUCUGUUUCUCCUCACGAAUAUUUUACUGCUGCAUUUUUUUGUUCGUUUUUAGAGUUAAGCUGCGGUGUUUUCUGGAAUGUAAAUUCAGCUUUGCUUAACAGUAAAAUAAGUGAGCCAUCUUGAACACUCUAAGUUCAUGCUGUAUAAUCUAUGUAACUUUUUUAUUGAACAUUGGCAAAUAGAAUAGCUAAGAAGUUAAUAAGCACAUUAUGUUUAGGGAAGCAUGUGAUGCUGAAGUUGAUUGGAGCAAGUGAAUACCUGACAUUUUGGGAUCUCAGUUUAGAUACCAGUAAAUUAGAGCAUCCAAAAUUAUUUAUUUUUACCUUAUUUCAUAAGUAUGUACACAUAUUAUUGGAUAUUUGUAUACUAAUACACUUUACCUAUUUUAAACAAAACCAUGCAAAUCCAGUCAAACAUGGGAGGUCAUGUUUUUGUUUUUUUAAAACACAAUUCUUGUAUUAUAAAGGAUGCUAUAUCAGUGAGGAACAAUUUAUUUCUUUUGGGGGCUGUCUGUAUGUAUGUGUCUUAACAUUCACUUGGAAUCAGCUGAAAGCUGUCUUUGAAAUGAGCCAUGAUGAAUGCAAAUGAGAGCAGUGAGACUUAGAGGAUUGUUUUAAGUAUUGUAGUUACUGUUAAUCAGAUAUAAAUAUUAUGGUUUUAAUUAUGCAUCUCUUUGAACAUCACAAACAUACCUGAGUGUUGGUAACAGUGUUCUGAGCAUUUGUGUUAACUUUUAAGGACUAUUUGUUUAGUGCAUCUUACAAACUACAAAUCUUAAUUGGUAUAUUUUGAGAUGGUCAUGUAAAUUUUUGGCUUAUAUGUCAUUAAAAUAGUCAUAACUUAAUUUUUCUCCUGACAUUCACUGUAAAACAUUCAGGGGUCCUACCAUUUCUGUUCAGGAAAUCUUGUAGUUUAUUGUUAUUUAACAGUAUUAAGUGAAUUUUUGUAUAUUUCAUUUUAACUUUAUUUGUGAAUAGUGAUUGUGGCAUGUUUAGGGUGUUAUUUUAAUAUUUUACGAUACUGAAAUUUUAAUUUUUUAAAAAAAUUUCUGGAAGAAACAUUUAUGUAUGUAAUGGUGAACAUUGGACCACUACUGCUUUUCACGUUUGUAAAUUAGUUUCAUGUUAAACCCUGUAGCCUAACAAACUGCUGUUAUUUCUAACUGACAGACAUGUAUUACUUUGAAGGUUAUAAAUAUUAUGUGGAAAUUCUUCCAUUUUGUUUUGAAAUUUAUAAUAACAAAAUCUUCAUGUUGUUAAAAUGUGGUUUUAUUGUCGCACUUCUUUACGGGGGAAGAAGACUGUGCAGAAGGGGUUCGUUCUCUUUUACGGGUUCAUUCUCCAGGUAAUCAAGUCCCACGGCGCCAGUAACAUUUAACCUACAGCGUGUUUGUGCUGGCCGGACUACAGUAGUAGUCCCCACUGCAGCCUUAUGGGAUAGCACUCAGUUGUAGUGUCGUUUUUUUAAUUUGAUUUGUUAAAAUUUGACAGUUAUUUAUACAUUUGAUUCUUGCAUAUAAAAGGUAAAGAAACUAUAAUCCAGUAGCUAUAUAAAAUUCUUCUUCCUAGGAAGUUCUAGGAACGUAUCUUUAUUUUAUUGAGGAACUUGGUAUUUUUUUAAUUUGAGUACCAUUCAGAUCUUGGGAACUUUUAGUGAAGAAAAUUGAAACUCAGAAAAUUUUUAAAGUUUUUGUUGACUUCAUUGGGGUGAUAUCGGCUAAUAAAAAUUUGUUUCGAGUGUACAGUUCUAUAAUACAUCAUCCAUAUACUGCAUUGUGUGUUCACCCAAAGUCGAGUCUCCUUCCACCACCCUCUGUCCCUCCUUCACCCUCUUCUCCUUCCCCCACUCCCGUUGCCCUCUGGCUGUCACCACACCAUUGUCUGUCUGUGAGGGGUUUUUUGUUGUUUAAUUUCUUCACCUUUUCACCCACUCCCCCAGCUC